CUCUCUCUCUCUCUCUCUCUCACACACACACACACACACACACACACACACACACACACACUAAUAAUCAGUGUAAUCCGCGCGCAUAUGCUGCUCUGUCUUCGCUCGGGUCCCCUGAAGCGUGAUGUCCGAGUGCUAGCCUCUCGCUUUGGCCUCGCAUCUCAUCUGGAUGAGCAGGACGCUGGAGAAUCCCAUCCCAGCUGAAGGUUUCGUGGGAGAUUGGUGGACUCCUGCCAUGAUGCCAGAUCCAUCUCUCGACACCAAAGAGCUUUCCAGUAUUUCUGGGAUCAGCAUGUCUCCCUGCAGGCAAAACUCUCACCAUUCGCUGCAUUCCUCCACGGCUCUGCCCAAAACCUCCUACAGCGUGAUAAGUGCGUUCUGCACCGAGGAGAACAUACCGCAGUGCAUCGCAUAUAUCAAUCAGGAGGUGUGUUCGCUGGGCUUGACUGGAGUCAGUUUAGAGACUAAAGCAGGCGUUCUGAGCGCUGUGCCGGUUUUGAACCUGCUCUAUGAAGUACUUCAGCUGCAGAAGAGAGCUCAGCGAGUACUACAUGAUCUGGAGACCCAGCAGCUGAAGAGCAGCAGUGACCUCGAGCAUCUGCAGCACAGCAACUGUAGACUCAAAGAUCAGCUGGAGCACACCAGGAGAGAGAACUCAGGUCUGCACGAGGGAGAGCGACAGCUACAGCUGAAGAUCAAAACCUUACAGAACUGCCUCAAGUCUGAGAAAGAGGAAGUACAGAAACUGCAGAGCAUCAUCUCCAGUCGUGCCACACAGUACAACCACGACACCAAGCGCAGAGAGAGAGAGUGCACCAAACUGAAGGAGCGUCUCAACCAGCUGCUAAUGGACAAGAGAGACAAGAAACUCUCCAUUGAAAUGUCAAACUAUGUGGGAAGGUCAGAUGGCAAGAGAGGCCUUUGGAAGACGAGCAAGAUAGAGGCCAGACAUGAGGGCGAGAUGUACAGGGCUCUGCUGGGUGAUUAUGAGACGCGGCAGAGAUCUCUGAUGAUGGAGAACUCGGAGCUUAAAAAAGUGUUGCAGCACAUGAAGAAGGACAUGAUCGCUAUUCUGAGCCCCAAGAAAGUCCUCGUCCAACCCGAGCCAGCAGAUGAUAGCCUCGAGCAGGCUGUGUGUGAGGACGAGGAGGAGCCUGGUGACUGCAGCAGAGAGAGUCUGGAGCAGUCGUGUGAACGGGUCCGCCAGCAGCUCACCAACAGCAUCCGCCUGCAGUGGAGGAAGCUCAAGAGCCACAUGGAGAGACUCGACAGCCAAGUGUCGCUGGUGGCGUGUCAGGAGCUCGAGGGACACGAGAUGAUGUCCAGGAAGGAGCACGAGGACGAGAUGCAGCGGAUGAGACUGGAGUUACAGCAGUGUAAAGAGUUCAUCCACAUGCAGCAGCAGCUUCUGCAGCAGCAGCUGAGCUCGCCGUGUGAUGAGGAGACUGCGGCUCUGCUGAACGACUGCUACACGCUGGAGGAGAAAGAGCGGCUCAAAGAGGGGUGGAGGCUCUUCAGUGAACAGAAGAGGAACUUUGAGAGAGAGAGGAAGAACUUCACUGAAGCUGCUAUUCGUCUGGGACACGAGAGAAAAUCGUUUGAAGAAGAUCGAGCUGCAUGGCUGAAGACCCAGUUUUUGAACAUGACUCCAUUUGUAGACCGUAAAAGACCUGCAUUGUCUGAAGCGUACGGUGCAUUAGCAGUCAGUACAGAACCCGAGGCCAAACUGCAGUCCACUCCACCGCUCGCGACCAAGUCCCAGUCCAACUCUGUGUUCUCCACACCUAAAUGCCCGCUGAAGAUGCCCUCCACUGCUGACCUCUACCGCACACUACACCUCAUCCCAGAGAGCAGAGGCCACGGAAAAUGUCCGAGUGGUGAGAUGUUGACAAAGUCACGGUUGCGUAAUUGUUCUACAGCCUGCAGUGUCCUCUCAUUGGUCAGAGACGAGAACAGCCUGGUCUGAUGACACAUCAGUAUUACACUGAUCAGACGCUUCACAAGAGACACUCCAUUGUUCAAGCCAUCGUAAGUGUAAGCUUUGCAGGAGUCUUCCGGUCAUCCCAUCACCGCAUGACCAACACCUCUUCUCUGAUUCGCUAUGUUGUCCCUUUACGGGUUAAGGGUUGAAGAAAACCGAUAGCAUGUUUAGCUGGAUCAAAUUGAUCUCAGAGACAAUCAUUUGCAUUUGCCACCUCUGAAUCUCAUAAAUAUGUAAAGUGGCCAAUGUGCAUUGUGUAGUUUUAAUAAGGUGCAAGUCAGAUUGUGUGAUGUUUGUGUGAGCUGUAAAUGUUACAUUAUUUCAUAAAGCACUUUUAAGGGGAGAGAUGUUAAAUGUAACUUUUAAACACUAAAAUAAUUUGAUAUUUUGAUUUGCCAUUAUUAUAUUGUUGCAAAUACAGAGAUAUCUUGGGCUAGGUCUCACAUUUAGUUCUGUAUUUUAGUAUAAUUUAGUGAUGCCUAGUACUAUGUAUUGAUCACUUUUUUUAAUGCAAGACAUGGAAGAUGUUUUUCUUGUUUGUUUUUUUCACUUGAAUGUUGAAUAUUUAUAUUGAAAAAUCAAGAUUGUCUCAUGACAUUCAAGAAUGAACCCAUGUUUUUACAUUCUAAGGCUGAUUACUUUAGUCAAUGCAAUAAAGUUUGAAGAUUUGAAAAUAAA